AUGGAGGACGACAGCGAGUGGGCCAGUGAGCCGAUUGCCAUCAUCGGUAUGAGCUGCAAGUUCUCUGGUGGUGCCAAUGACCCAGACAAGCUCUGGGAUCUGUUGGUUUCAGGAAAGACUGGCUGGAGUGAGAUACCAGAGGACCGUUUCAAUCUAAAAGGAAUCUACCACCCUAACAAUGAGAGGACACACGUCAAGGGGGCCCACUUCCUUGACGGUGAUAUAGGAUGUUUCGAUGCUGCAUUCUUCAAUUACUCCGGGGAGACAGCACAGGCGCUCGAUCCACAAUUCCGAAUGCAACUCGAGUCGACAUUCGAGGCCUUAGAAAAUGCCGGCCUUACACUGCAGCAAGUGGCUGGAUCACAGACGUCCGUUUUUGCUGGCGUCUUCACGCACGAAUACAACGAGGGUCUGGCGCGAGACGAAGACAAGCCGCCGCGAUUCAUGCCAAUAGGCACGUGGAAACCGAUGGCGGCAAACCGCAUCUCGCACGUUUUCGAUUUCCGCGGUGCCAGCAUGACGCUCGAGACUGGCUGCUCGACCACGCUAGUGGCGCUGCACCAAGCCGUGCAAAGCCUGCGUUGCCGUGAGGCCGACAUGUCCGUGGUGACCGGCGUCAACUUGAUGGUAGGCCCAGAACCGUUUAAGACCAUCGGCUCACUUGGCAUGCUAUCGCCGGACGGCAGGUCAUACGCGUUCGACAGUCGCGCCAAUGGCUACGGCCGUGGUGAGGGCGUCGCCACAGUUGUGAUCAAACGGUUGUCGGACGCUCUGGCCGCCAACGACCCCAUCCGCGCUGUCAUUCGUGAGACGGCGCUUAACCAGGACGGAAAAACAGAGACCAUCACGACACCAUCUGGCCCCGCCCAGGAAGCGCUUAUACGCGAGUGCUACCGGCGCGCCGGCCUUGAUCCACGCGGCACACAGUACUUUGAGGCCCACGGCACUGGAACACAGGCUGGCGAUCCUAUCGAGGCAGGGGUCAUGGCCAACGUGUUUAGCGGCGUCGACGACAACGGUGAUGGAGGCCGUGAUGAGGCGCACUACCUGCGCAUCGGCUCGGUUAAGACCAACGUGGGCCACACCGAGGCUGCUUCGGGUUUGGCCGCCAUAGUCAAGGGAGUUUUGUGCCUAGAAAAGGGCCUGAUCCCCGCCAGCGUUAAUUAUGAGACGCCCAAUCCGAAGGUCAAGCUGGACGAGUGGCGCCUCAAGCUGGUAACCGCACUAGAGCCGUGGCCUGAGAGCCUCGUCGACGGACCGAACCGCCUGUCAGUCAACAACUUUGGUUACGGCGGCACCAACGCCCAUGUCAUCAUGGAGAGCGCCGAACCGUGGACUUCAACGCCCACUGUGUCUUUCCCGCUCAGCAAUGGCACCAGUAAUGGAAAUGGCACUAGCAACGGCCAUUCGAACGGUAAUGGCCAUAAAAACGGAAACAGCAGCACUAACAAAACGGCUGAUACCAAAGUUUUGAUUCUCAGCGCUCGCGACGAGCGCGGCUGUCAGCGUAUGGUGGGGGACAUGAAGAGUUAUCUAGAAAAGUACAAGUCACUCAAUUUUGAGGCUGCAAAUACGCUGCUGCGCGAUCUCAGCUACACAUUGACAGAGCGCCGCACGCGCUUUCCGUGGGUGGCAGCACACCAGGUGCAUCUGGAAGCAGGCGCAGACCAGCCCCUCGACGCCGUCAUCGAGGCGUUUGACUCGCCACGGUUUAAACCCAGCCGGGUUCCCACUACCCAAUCGCGAAUCGGCAUGGUCUUCACAGGCCAGGGUGCGCAGUGGAACGCCAUGGGCCGUGAGCUGCUAGCAGAAUAUCCGGUAUUCCGGCUGUCUAUCGACGAGGCCGAUACGCACCUACGCGAUAUCGGCGCCACCUGGUCGCUGUUGGAGGAGCUACAACGCGACCCCAAGACCACGAGGGUGCACUCGACAUCGAUCAGCAUCCCUGUGUGCGUGGGAGUGCAAAUCGCGCUAGUGCGCCUGCUAAAAUCAUGGGGCAUCACGCCGGCGGCUGUAACCAGUCACUCGUCGGGCGAGAUCGCGGCGGCCUACGCAGUAGGCGCGCUGACCUUCCGCCAGGCCAUGGCAACAGCCUACUACCGUGCCGUGCUAGCGGCAGACGAGUCACUGCGGGUGCCCGGAGCACCUAAGGGCGGCAUGGCGGCCGUGGGUCUUGGUGCGGAGGAGGCGCAGGAGUACCUUGACAGAGUGGCCGACGUAGGUAAAGUCGUGAUCGCUUGUGUUAACAGCCCGGAGAGCGUCACCGUCUCGGGAGAUGCCGAUGCCGUUAUAGCCGUCGAGGCAAUGUGCAAGGAGGAUGGCGUGUUUGCGCGCAAACUCAAGAUCGAGCAGGCAUACCACUCGCACCACAUGGACCCGCUGGCAGACGCCUACCGCGAGCUCCUGCGGAAAGAGAUGGCGGGGACAGUCACAAAAGAGUUGAACGGGGCAGGAGAGGAGCUCAAUGUAAUCUUUUCAUCAGCCGUCACAGGCGGUCGGAUUACCGAUGCCAAGGAGAUCGCCGAUCCUGACCACUGGGUGGGUAGUCUAGUGCAGCCGGUGCAGUUCGUGGAUGCCUUCACGGAGAUGGUGCUUGGCGAGACAGAUGAUGCCAGCGGUCGCAGCAUCGACGUGGUGCUCGAGGUUGGCCCCCACACGGCACUGGGAGGACCUAUCCGCGAGAUCAUGUCGCUCGUCGAGUUCGAUGGCAUCGAGCUGCCCUACUGGGGAUGUCUAGUGCGCAACGAGCAUGCUGGCAACACUAUGCGCGCUGCAGCUAUCAAUCUGCUACGCGAGGGUGUGCCGCUCGUUGUGAGUGAGAUCAACUUCCCGAAAUCAUUAUCCGAGCACUCGUAUAUUUACGACGAUGACCUGCCCCGCGUGCUGACUGACCUGCCUACCUACCCCUGGAACCAUUCGAUGCGGCACUGGCAGGAGGCACGCGUCAACCGCGCCAUCCGUGAACGCAGCCAGCCGCCGCACGAUCUGCUGGGAAUGCCGGUUGCCGGGAACGACCCGGCCACAGCCGUCUGGCGUCGCACGGUGCGCGUCUCCGAGGUGCCCUGGGUCCGCGAUCAUAUGGUGCAGGGCAGCAUUGUGUACCCGGGCUCCGGCUAUGUGUGCCUGGCCAUCGAGGCCGCUAACCAGCUGGCCAAGGGAGAAGACGAUCAGAAGAAGAUUUCGGGCUUCCGCCUGCGCGACGUCGACUUUAUGGCGGCCCUUAUGAUCCCCGAUAGCAGUGAUGGGGUCGAGAUCCGAACCACACUUCGCCCCGUUCCUGAGCGGGAACUGGGUCUGCGCGGCUGGCGGAGAUUCGAGGUUUCGACGGUCACUCCCGAGAACAGGUGGACGCUGCACGCCCAGGGUUUGGUUAAAGCCGACGUGGAGGAGGAAUGGGAUGAAGAGAAAGUCCCAGCGCAGACGAAGCCGGAGAACGACCGGACCGGCCUACGUCCUCUGUCGGCUUACACGCGCCACAAGGACCCGCGCGACAUGUUUGCCAACCUACGGGCCCUCGGCGUGUAUCACGGCCCACUAUUCCAGAACACGACUAAGAUCGUACAGGAUGGCCGGGAGCCGCGGUCAGUAUCCGACAUUACGAUCCGGUACGAGUCGGCGGCCGACACAGACCCGGUGGCCGCCGCGCAGAACAGUGUACUGCACCCUAUCACGCUAGAUGCCGUGGUUGUGUCGUUCUUCUCGGCAUUGCCUGGCGUUGGCGCGGUGGUGGAGGAUCCCAAGCUACCGCGGUCGAUCGACGCGAUGUGGGUCUCGAGCGACAUCAGCCGCGAAAUCGGCCACACUUUGCGCUGUGACACGUCGCUUUCGCACGACGACCCCCAGAGCGGCAGGGCUAAUGUCACCGUUGUCGAUAGCCAGACCGGGGCGAUUGUUCUCGAGAUCCAGGGCCUUGCUAGCGUUUUCCUGGGGCGCGGCAGCGGCGCCACAGCGCGCCAGGACGCGGCUAACAAGGGGGGUGAAGAGGUUUGCAGUAAGGUCGAGUGGGGACCCGACUUGUCACUACAGCAGCCGCUAGCACUGGCAAAUAUCAAGAAGGAGCUGGAGCCGACUGUUGGAAUUCCCGAGGCCAUCAUCACGGAUCUUUCCCGUGCGGUGUUCUACUUCGCUCAGGAGGCGCUCAAAUCGCUCACCCCCGAGGAUGUGGACCGGCUGAAAGAUGAGCAGCUGCACCUCGUCAAAUACCAUACCUGGCUCACGCAACUAGUUGCCCAGGGCGAGAACCUGAAAUGGGCGCUAGACGGCCCGGAAGAGCGCCAAAAGAACCUAACUGCCGUGGCCUCGCAGAGCGUCGACGGUGAGCUGAUCUGCCGACUUGGCCCCCUCAUCGGCUCCAUCCUUCUCGGCGAGAUCAACCCGUUAGUGGCUAUGAUUGAGGAUGGGCUGCUGCACAAGUACUAUGCCCACUCUGUGCGUUUAGCGCCGUCGCUUACACAGUUGUCAACGCUGGUGCGUAAAGUGGCCCACAAGAAUCCGGCUGCGCGCGUUCUGCAAGUCGGUGCCGGCACUGGUGGUGCUGCCACUCGACGUAUCCUUGAGGCGCUCGGCACGCCCAAAGUUUCUCUGGUGGCCAGCUGGCACAUCACUGAGCCCUCGGCAGACGUCUUGGAAGAUGCCCAGGCGGAUCUAGUCGAUUGGGCCGAUCUGCUUGAAUUCAGCCAGCUCGACAUCGACAGCGACCCGUCUAAGCAGAAAUUUGCACCCGAGAGCUACGAUAUCGUCGUGUUCUACCAGUCUCUGCGCACGGCCAAGGAUGUACCUGCCACCUUGGCCCAUGUGCGCAGCCUUCUGAAGCCCGCCGGCACGCUACUGCUAGCAGAGACGACUCAGAAUGAGGACCAGGCUGACAUCUCGUUUAUCUUUGGAUUACUGCCUACCGAAACGUCGUCCCUUUUGACGUCUUCUUGGGACAGCCUGCUUCGCGAAGCCGGUUUCAGCGGUGCUGACCUUACUAUCGGCGACGCCACAACCACCGUCUUGUCCACCCUGCCACUCGCUGAGCACCAGAAGCCAGAUCUAAGCCGUGCCAGCAACCACGGCGGCUUUGCUGUGGUGACUAGUAAAAAGACACCUUCGCCGGCUAGUCUGGUUGAUCUCCUCUCCCAGCGUAUCCAAGAUUUGACCAAAACUACCGUGGAACAUCUCGUGCUAGAAGAGAGCAGCCUCGACGCGUACGGAGCCAAAGUCUGCAUUUUUGUCAGCGAAAUCGACGAGCCAACCAUACUAACCGAUCUUGACGCCGAACGUAUUGACGGCCUUCGCGCCAUGAUCACGCAGUGUGGCGGCUUGCUCUGGAUUACGACCGGCGGUGCCGUCGACAGCGAGCAGCCCGAGCAUGCGCUUGCCCAGGGAUUCCUGCGCGUCCUCCGAAACGAAUAUGUCGGUCGGCGCUACCUCUACCUGGACCUGGACCCGUGCGUCAAGCAAACCACUGAGGAUACCGUCUCGACCAUCGCGCAAGUUCUCCAACAGGGCUUCGGUCACGUCGAUGACGUCCUGGCGACCGAGAUCGGCCCCGCGGAGUUCGAGUAUGCGGAGCGCAACGGCGUACUGCUAGUCCCGCGCAUCUACAAGGACGAGGAGCACAACGAUAUAGUCACUGGUCCGCUCACAGCAACCUGGGGUGAUCUCGAUGCCGCAGCCAGCAUCCCCCUGGAACCCCUAUUCCAAAAGAACCGGCCACUACGGCUGGAGGUCGGUAUCCCGGGGCACCUGGAUACGUUGGCGUUUGUGGAUGACGACGAGGAUAUCACAGAUGAGAGUCUGGCACCUGAAAGCGUCGAGAUCACGCCGCGGGCCUUUGGCCUCAGUUCGCGCGAUAUCAUGGCGUCCUUAGGCCAGCUCAAAGACCGUGCCAUGGGUCUUGAGUGCGCCGGCAUUGUCUCCCGUCUUGGUACCGAAGCUCAGGCAAAGGGUGACUAUAAUGUUGGCGACCGUGUUAUGGCCCUCCUACCUGGAGAUGGCAGCGCUUGUCUCCGUAACAGUGUCACCGUCACCUGGAACGGUAGCAUCGUCAAAAUACCCAACAACAUCACUAGCUUUGAAGAUGCCGCAUCCCUUCCAUUAGCUUUCACCAUUGCAUAUGCCGGCCUCGUUGAUGCUGCCCGUCUUACACCCGGACAAUCUAUCCUCGUUCACGCGGCAGCUGGAGCUAUAGGACAGGCCGCCAUUAUGUUAGCAAAGCAUCUUGGGGUGACAGAGAUCUUCGUCACCGCUGGGUCUGCGGAGAAGCGCGACCUCAUCAGCAGCAAGUACGGCAUCCCCACUCAGCGUAUUUUUAGCAGUCGUGAUAUCUCGUUUGGCCCCGCCGUCCUAGCCGCCACAGGCGGACGCGGUGUCGAUGUCGUGCUUAACUCGCUGCCCGGCCCGCUUCUACAGGCCAGCGUCGACGCCCUUGCACCUCUCGGCCACUUGGUUGAGGUCGGCAAGCGCGAUAUCGAAGCCAACGGCCUGCUUGCGCUGGCAUCUUUCUCUCGCGGCAUUUCGAUGACGGCGCUAGACAUUCCAAUGCUGGUACAACGCCGUGGUGCCGAUGUCCACCGUGUUCUCGGUGAGGUCGCCAAACUCAUCGAGCAGCAGGUCUUGAGACCCGUCCAGCCCGUCACAGUCCACCCCAUACAAAACGUCCAGGCCGCCUUCAAGCUUAUACAGACCGGCUCCCACACAGGUAAGGUUGUUCUCUCGGCUGGGCCCGAUGAACAAGCUCCAGUGGUCCCACGACUAGAUCACGUCGCCGCCGCCUCCCGAGUCCGACUCCGGUCUGAUGCCUCGUACAUCAUCGUCGGCGGUGUCGGCGGUAUCGGCCGCUCCGUCGCACACUGGCUGGUCGCCCAUGGCGCUAAGAAUUUGAUUCUGCUAUCGCGUAGCGCCGGCCAGAUCGAUUUGCCAGAAAACCAAAACACCGACGGCGCCCUGUUUGUGCGCGAGCUACGCGACUCUGCUGGCUGCCGCGUUAAACCUGUCAGCUGUGACAUCUCGCUGGCUAGCGAGCUAGCGAAAGCUCUACGCGCCUGUGCCGACGACGGAUUCCCGUCUGUACGCGGCAUCAUUCAGGGUGCCAUGCUUCUGCGCGACGCUAUCUUCGAGCAGAUGACGCUAGACGACUGGCAUAGCGGCCUACGACCCAAGGUCGACGGUACCUGGAACUUACAUACCGAGUUCGCGACACCCGGCUCGCUGGACUUCUUCGUCAUGCUGUCGUCCGUCUCGGGCAUUCUAGGCAUUGCCUCACAGACCAACUACGCGGCUGGCGGUUCCUACGAGGAUGCCAUGGCGUACUGGCGCCAGUCGAAGGGACUUCCGGGCGUCUCUAUCGACCUAGGUCCUAUUUCCGACGUUGGCUACGUCGCCGAGACCGCCAAGGUGGCCGAGCGCCUACGCAGGUCUGGUGACUACGUCAUGCUAGACGAGGCAACUGUUCUGCGCGCCCUCGGCGCCGCUGUGGCCCGUCCGCUCGGCGGCCGCCGCCAGAUUAUUAUCGGCCUCAACACAGCGCCGGGACAGCAGUGGGAUGCUCAUGGCGGCUCACAGCUCGGACGAGAUGCUCGCUACGUUCACCUGAAGCGCCAAUCCAAGGUGUCGCGUGCGGCACUGGCAGCUGAAGAUUCCGGUGCUGGUGUUUCGCUCUCUACGCAGCUGGCCGAGGUUGGCUCGCGUGAGGACGCUGCCCGUCUCAUUAGCACUGCCAUCGCCGCUAAAUUGGCUGACAUUUUCAUGAUCGACGUUGCUGAGAUUGAUAUUAGCAAGACGCCAGCCAGCUACGGUGUUGACUCACUCAUCGCUGUCGAGCUGCGCAACAUGCUGGUGCUGCUGGCCGCUGCCGAUAUCUCCAUCUUCAAUAUCCUGCAGAGCGCUUCCCUCGCUGCUCUUGCUGCUGAUGUGGCAGCAAAGAGCCGCCACGUCGAAGCCGCUGCUUAG